GCCAUCAGGUCUCUCCCGAGCAAGGCACGCAGGCAGAUGGGACCGUCCUUUAACACCCAGGUCCUCAUCUGGCAGAGCUGAACACACAGCCAGGAUCAGGAUGAAAUUCAGACAAAACUCAGCACUGACUUCACAUCUCUGGUUUCAGCUUAGAGCUGGAGCACAGCACUGACGUUCACGUGUAGAAACAGCUAACAGACAGCAAACGUUCGCUUUCGAGAAAGCAGCCUCACACACAGGUGUUUCUGCACAGGGAAACCUACAGAGGCCCCUUCGUGCCGCUGCCUCGCUCCCUUUUUGGGGAGAAAGCCGGCAUUUCAGCCCCUCUCAGAGAAGGUAGGCACCGCGUCCCUGCGUCACUGCUGCUGAACGAACGGAGCUGCGGCCCCGGGCUGUGCCCGCACCCAGGCCCUGCCUCGCCCGGCCCGCAGCGGCUGCGCGCGCCUCUGCCCUUCCUCCUCUUCCUCUUCCUCCUGGCGGCUGCCGCCCUCAGCGGGAUGGACGCCAUUGAGGAGCUGGCGCUCCAACCCUGCACGUCCUCUCUCUACCUGCGGCCUUUCCGCCUCACCUACCGGCAGAAUGGCGCUAAGAAGUUUUGGGACUUUAUGAGGACACAUGACAGCGUGUCGAUCCUGAUCUUCAAUACUUCUCGGCAGUGCUUUGUAGUGGUGAAGCAGUUCCGCCCAGCUGUUUACAUGUGUGAAGUAGAAAGGCAACAUCCUCAGCUCUUCCAGAAGCAGGACAAGGAGAGUUUCUCCCGCCUGGAGGAUCCCUUACCUGCAGUGGUAGGAGUGACUUAUGAACUCUGUGCUGGCAUCGUAGACAAGCCACAGCUUUCUUUAGAAGAAAUUGCCUGUGAGGAGAUCUUAGAAGAAUGUGGCUAUCGUGUUCCUGUUACAAACCUGAAGAAGAUCACUUCCUACAGGUCUGGAGUAGGUGUGACAGGUUCCAGGCAGACGUUGUUUUAUGCAGAAGUAACAGACCAGAUGAGAACAAGUGAAGGAGGUGGCCAACCUGAGGAAGGAGAGCUGAUUGAAGUUGUAGAGAUACCUUUAGAAGACUCCAUGAAGUUUGCUUAUGAUGAGGCUUUUCCCAAGACGAUGGGUGUCAUCUUCAGCUUCAUGUGGUUCCAAAAUAACAUAGCACCCAAGCUGCCAAAAAAAUAAUAUAAAAGCACCCUGAUUUCAAGAGAACAUCUCCUGCUGGGUCCGUGGGCACAGAAAACUGCAAGUCUGCCUGCCUUCAUCAACUCACCUUGCUACAGUUUUCAAAUCAUUCUCACUGUAAAUUUGGAAUUAAAAUCCGAAGUAAAAUCUGAAGUAAUCUAUCAUUAGCAAAAAUCUGGUGAGCUGCACUGGGGCCAGUAAUUGUCUCCAUGAGUCAGGUGUUAAUUCUCAGUCAAAGCCUAAGGAGAUGUGCCUGGUUCUCCUUUUUCAUGGCAUUGCUCUACCACUGUUUUGAAGAGAUGCUCAGGGCCACAGUGCAGCUGCUAUGCCAGCCUGUUGCUGUUGGCUGUACAUUCUGGCAGCUGUGUAUUCACUGGAGCUCUCAGAGCUGUUUGUCCUAAUAUUUUGGGGAAGGCAGCACAGCUUCGUAGUGACAGAUAUCCUAACUAUGUUGUUGAGUUCUGCACAGCUUUCAGGGAACAGCUUUCUCUGUGUAGCUCCUGUACCAGAGAAAAUGCUUGCGUUUCUGAACAUGCAGACUUUUAUUCCAUAAGCAAACAUGUCUGUAAAUCCUUUUGCUAACACGUUGUUCUGACAAUAGACCAGCUGUAAGGCUGCGUACGUCUGUUUGCUCUCAGCAGAACGCUGAGCAGCAGUGGUGGGGUGAGUGAUGGGGGGUUUCUACGGGAACACAUGCUUCUUUGUUUGUUUAAUGGAUAGUACUUGCUUAAUUAGAUCAAACUUUGUCCUCUAGAGCAGGACCUGAGAGGCCAAAUUCUUCUCAUUUGACUCCAAGGUGGCUAACACAAGUGAUUUCUCUGUCGUCUCAGAUUCCAUAUCACCAAAAUGUGAAGAGUGGGACUUUCCCUCCAGUAACGCUCCUUUGAAACCCCGCAGUCAGAAGUGCUUUAAUGAGAGACUUUAUCAUCAUUUGUGCAGUUUACACUGAAGGCCAUGCAGCUUGCACAGACAUACUGAGCAGCACAAUUUGAUUUAAUAAAGUGGUCUAAUUGAAAUGUAUAUUAUUCUGCCAGCAUGAUUUAGAUGUGGACUGUUUGUCACGUGAAACUGUUAAUAGCAUGAAUGAGAGAGAAUCAAGUCAGGACAUUUAAUUACAGAGUUGUUUAUGUUAUUCACUGAGUUAGUGUUAAUUAAGAUGUCUGCAUUAUCUGUACUUGCAGGACUGUGGAGGUAUGAAGUAUUUUUAGAAGGCGAGUAGAGGGAAUGUGCAAACUUUCACAUAGCAGCUGGAAUAAGUGCGGCAGGGAAGUGAUUUGAAAUAGCUGCAGAUCUAAAGAGGUGCUUAAUAAAUUAAUAUAAUAUAUAAUAAUAAAUUAAUAUAAUAAAUAAAAUGCCUUUAAAACUGGUGCUCGCCUCUUGUGCUGACGGGAGGAAAGCUCACUGAAAAGCAACUGGAGAGAGCUGUGGCAGCCUGUGGAGUUGGACACCUCUCAUGAGAGUUCAGCACAGUUGCAUUGAGUUGUGCCUGUGGACAGUCGAGGGCUGAAUAGUCAUGAAAAGUAAAUCAAUUUGGUCUGUCUGAUAUAUUUACACUGGGAGAUGUUUUAGGGCACGGUCUGCAUUGUUGUGCAUUGUUACAGCGCUCAGUAUGUGUCCUAUAGCUGCUGUGGCCUUCAAAACUGAAUAAAAUAUGACUUAUUAAUAGU